CCCGCUAGCCGAAGUGCCCAUCUACUCAGCCCAACAGAGCCCCUCAAUCCCUCCUGCCAUCCUGUGCGCAGCAACAGACAAUAGGAAGCGGACGGUUGACGCGUCCAGACUCCGGGCAGAACUUCCGACUUUCAGUUUCUCAUUCCGGCCUUCCAGAUUCCUCUUGCCGCCGCUCGCCUCGUUAGAGACCGGAAUUUCAGGGACGCAACAAGCUCCCCUGCCUUGCCGAUUUUAGGGGGAAACAAAACAAGUCUAUUAAAAGAGAAAUGGAAAACACCGCUGUUGAUUCGAGUUUCCACCGCACUUUCAAAUACCUACUAGCUACACAAUUUCUGUCAAGGGGAAUCCCGUUCGUAUUCAAUUCCCGGAUUGUUAGACAUCUAUCAGAAGAAGAUUAUGUGGUUUGUGCUGUACAAUUCCAUCUGUUUGUGACAUGCAUAUUGUUUUUGAGUAGAGAGGGAUUCAGGCGAAUUUGCAUGAGGGAAGAUAUUACAUGGGAUGGUGAUUCAGCAGCAGGAGAAACUGAAGCUCAGAUUUUGAAAGUCGCCUGGAUGACCUUCCCAUUAGGGGUACUGGUCACAUUUUCUGCUUGUUUGAUUGUAUUCUGGUGGCAAGAUCUGGGUUAUUCCAGUCCUUAUGGACGAGCUAUCUUGAUUAAUGGUUUUGCAUGCAUUCUUGAGCUACUGGCAGAACCAUUCUUUAUUUUGGCCCAAAAAUUGGCUCUUCUCAAAUUGCGGCUGAUUGUUGAAACUGCUGCCACUCUUUCACGUUGUAUAGUAACAUAUGCUCUCAUCCUGAAGCAACCAAGCUCGGAGAAAGCAAUUGUAUUUUCGAUGUCACAGGUUGCGUAUGGAGCAUCUAUUUUCAUAGGCUACUGGGCAUACUUUCUUCUGUGCCAAUUAUACACAACUCGUGUUCUAUUUCCGUUCCGGAUAGGAAAUACAAAAAGUUGAUUCAAUAGAUCAACGGCUUGUGAACAUGUGCAUGAUACUUAAUCUUCAAUCCGUUCAGAAGUUGAUUCUUCAGGAAGGUGAAAGGAUGGUCCUUGUAUGGUGUGAUACACCAUAUCACCAAUCAGUAUAUGGACUUGUAGACAAACUAGGGAGCCCAGUGGUGAGGCUGAUUUUUCUUCCCUUUGAAGAAAGCUCAUAUGCAACGUUUGCAAGGCCUGCAUCAGGAGAUCAAGAACGGAAAAAGGAGAAAUUGGGAAGGAGUCUGACAGAUGCGCUGAAGCUUGUUUUGCUUAUUGGUUUAGUUGUUAUCGCAUUUGGUCACGUACCGUUUUAAUGGGCGAACAGCCCAACCCUUGGAACAUACUACAGCCCCAGGUGGCGAAGAGCCGACAUCGAGGUGCCAAACCUUCCCGUCGAUGUGAGCUCUUGGGGAAGAUCAGCCUGUUAUCCCUAGAGUAACUUUUAUCCGUUGAGCGACGGCCCUUCCACUCGGCACCGUCGGAUCACUAAGGCCGACUUUCGUCCCUGCUCGACGGGUGGGUCUUGCAGUCAAGCUUCCUUCUGCCUUUGCACUCGAGGGCCAAUCUCCGUCUGGCCUGAGGAAACCUUUGCGCGCCUCCGUUACCUUUUGGGAGGCCUACGCCCCAUAGAAACUGUCUACCUGAAAGCUAUUCAUAUUCCCUCAUCAGAUUGCUGUAUGGUAGAAAAUGGAGCGAUGGAGAAGCUACCAAAGUACUCCAAUGUUAUUGCCUUUAUGUGAUAGUUUUGGCCACGAGCGGGACGUCUGAAGCAUUUCUACAGGCAGUUGCAACAAAGAAAGAACUUAAACGGUCAAAUGGUUCAUUGCUUGCCUUCCCAUUGAUAUAUGUGAUCAUUAACGUCUUGCUUAUCAGAUCAGCAGGCGCAGUUGGAUUGAUUUUAGCAAACUCUCUGCAUAUGAUCCUCAGGAUAGUUUACUCAGCGGUUUUCAUCAAAAAGUAUUUCAAGGAAUCAUCAUCCUUUGCGUUUAGAGCUUGCAUGCCUGGAGGUUAUGAAUUUGUGUUGGUUUCAGGAGUAGCCAACUUCAUAUUUGAAAAGAUGUACCUUAACCGAGACAACUUCUCGGCCACCUUUACCGUUCACUUCUCAUUUGGUUUAUUCUGUUAAUCUGUUUUCUUGUUGCCGCUUUCAUAAUCUAUCAAAAGGAGAGGCCUUUUAUCGCGAAAAUUAUACGCUUCCGCGAACACGCUGAUUGAAUGUGCUAAAGAAUUACAUCUUGGUUAAUAGGGUUUGUGAAAAGUUUUUCUCUAUUUCAAGAUCAAGGAAUCAUAAGCACCGAGGAUUACGAGGAUAUUAUUGUCUAAUGAUACGAGGAUUACGAGCAUUUCUGGUAUACUAUGCUUGCUACCAGAUGUUCACCCCACACUUUUUAUAAUUCAUUUGCCUUCCACACAAUUAUGUCACAGAAUUUGUACAACCAUAUGUUUUGUAUUCAAUCCUCUUGAGUGUUGAACCUAUCUAGUAGAGUAGAUAAUUUUAGUUUUUCAAGGGAAAAUUGGCCCUCUGCACAAUCUUAAAAAUGAAAA